AUGGCUCCUGCUACUGUGUUGUGUAUUGGUAUGGCCGGCUCGGGCAAAACCACGUUCAUGCAACGGCUGAACUCGCAUUUGCAUGCUCAGAAGACUCCACCAUAUGUGCUGAACCUAGAUCCUGCUGUGCUUAAAGUGCCAUUCCAGCCUAAUAUCGAUAUCAGAGACUCCAUCAAGUACAAGAAGGUUAUGGAGGAGUAUAACCUGGGACCAAACGGUGCUAUCGUUACGUCGUUGAAUCUCUUCGCCACCAAGAUAGAUCAAGUGAUCAACCUGGUUGAGAAGCGUUCUGAGAACCUUAAACAUUGUAUAGUGGAUACUCCAGGUCAGAUCGAGUGUUUUAUCUGGUCUGCUUCAGGUGCCAUUAUAACAGAAGCUUUUGCCUCUACUUUUCCCACUGUGAUUGCCUAUAUUGUGGAUACUCCAAGAAACACUUCGCCCACCACUUUCAUGUCAAAUAUGCUUUACGCUUGUUCGAUUCUCUACAAAACAAAAUUGCCGAUGAUUAUUGUUUUCAACAAGACAGACGUUAAGGAUGCGGAGUUUGCUAAAGAGUGGAUGACUGACUUCGAGAUCUUCCAACAGGCCAUGCAAUCAAGUGAUGAAUUAAACGAGGAGACCGGAAAUGGGUCCGGGUAUAUGGCGUCGCUGGUAAACUCGAUGUCUCUAAUGCUCGAGGAGUUUUACUCAACUUUGGAUGUUGUAGGGGUUUCAUCUUUCACGGGAGCUGGGUUUGACGAUUUCCUGAAGGCGGUGGAUAACAAAGUUGAUGAGUACAAUGAGUUUUACAAGGCAGAAAGGGACAGGAUAAUAAAGGCAAAGGAAGAGCAUGCAAAGAAACAAAAACAGAAGGAAUUGUCAAGUCUGAUGAAAGAUUUGGGCAUCAAAGACAAAAAGGCUGCUGGAGUGGAGGUGCUGUCUGAUCUUGAGAGCGAAGACGAAGGAGAAGGUUUGGUGGAGCCUGACGAAAAUGAGUUCAAAGCUGAGAGAUCAUACACUUUCCCUGAAGAUCGUUAUGCUGAAAUUGACGAAAACACGGAGGAUGAUUUACAAGCCAGAUACCAAAGUGCUUUCGAGCAGACCGCUAAAACAGCUGACUCAAAGACGGCAGAGGACAUUGCCAAGUACAUUCGUCAAAGCUAA